GAUGACGUCGGGAGUUCCACGUUGGCCCGGACGUGGCAGCAUCAGAGGACAGAAACGAUUCUUGCUUGGGAGUCACAAACAGAAAGAUUCAGACCAAUUUUCUCAAGAACGACAAGAUUUUAGAAAAGCUUUCUGUAAUAAUUUGAGACAUUCACGCACAACAUGGGGCUCCUAAUCUCGUCAGUUUUUACCAGACUGUUCGGCAAGAAACAGAUGAGAAUACUUAUGGUGGGUUUGGAUGCUGCAGGGAAAACUACUAUAUUGUACAAACUGAAGCUGGGAGAAAUAGUGACCACCAUUCCAACUAUCGGCUUUAACGUGGAGACGGUGGAGUAUAAGAACAUCUGCUUCACGGUAUGGGAUGUGGGUGGUCAGGACAAGAUCAGACCCCUCUGGAGACACUACUUCCAGAACACACAGGGUCUGAUCUUUGUAGUAGACAGCAACGACAGAGAGAGAGUGGCCGAGUCUGCAGAGGAGCUCUCUAAAAUGCUCCAGGAGGAUGAGUUGAGAGAAGCAGUGUUGCUGGUGUUUGCUAACAAGCAGGACCUUCCCAAUGCUAUGGCUGUCAGCGACCUUACAGACAAACUGGGACUGCAGAGCCUCCGCAGCAGAGUGUGGCACGUGCAGGCGACCUGUGCGACCCAGGGCACAGGACUGUAUGAAGGACUGGACUGGCUUUCCAACGAGCUGUCCAAGCAAUAACACCGGACAUCACACGAGAAAAGGAGAGGGAGAACCACAGAUAGGCUGACACCUUCAAUCAAGACAAGUUUGGUCUUGAAUAACUUGUGCACCUAGAAUGGACAGGACUUAUGGACAAGGCAAUCAAUACAUAUAGGAACAUCUUAUUUUACUACUAUUUUUACUUUGCUUUCUUUGACCAUUAUCCCUUUAUAUACUCUAAUCUUCACUUUUUCCCCCACCUCAUAUCUUGCAGUAGAUAAACUGAUGCUUUCAGUUGCAUGUUUAGCAAAUGGCUGCUCUGAGACACCAUGGAGACGCCCCUUCUCUAAAGUGUUCUGCUGGGUUGAUGUUACCCCCAACCACUGAUCCUGGGUCAAAUCUGCCUAUGGUUAAGUAUCAGGAUUGAGGGUGUUGCAAUCUGAUCCUAGAUCUGUGGUUAAGGGAAACUUCUACUACAACCUGUUCAGCUACACUAGACCUCAUGGACAUUUUCACUGAAACAACCCAUGUCCUAUACCUCUCACCCCUGUGACUUCACUCCCAUGCGUAUUCACCUAUGUAAGGGACCGAAGCUUCUAGAAUGAGAUGAAGAAUAAAAUGACAAUGAUGUCAUAAAUAUCCAGAUGUUUGAGGAAGUCUUUCUGCACUGGGAGCCAAAUGGAACACCUACCAGUGAAUGGAACACAAUGGAACCACUGGAAACAUUUUGCUCCUGGUACUACUGGUUUUCGCCAUCUCUUUGUAGGGUUGCUUUGCUCUGGGCUCGCCGCAUAGAAAAGAGAUGCUUGACUGUCUUUUUUCCCCUUUUUUCUUAAAUGGGCCACAAUUAUGUAAUAACCCAUGUCCUUAUGUGCUAUGAUGUAAGCUGUGGGAAGCUGAAAUUAGUAGGUAAAAGUUGCCACUAAACAUUGAAACAGGUGUUUGAUACUUUUCCAUCCCCCUAAUGAUUCAGGUUAGGAUGGUUAAUCUGAUCCAGGAUCUGUGUAUAGUAGAACUUCUACCACAAAUGAGCUGAAACCACUUUUUUUUUUGUCUAGUCUAGUGAGAAUGUGCACCUCUUAACCAAGACUGUGGCCCUGUUCUAAUACUUAGGUGCUUUCUUCCCUCUCGGCCAUCUUUGAAGUUAUUACAUAUCUGAAGUAUUGGCUUUAAAUAAUGGUGUCAAUGAAUGAAGGAAUGAAGGAAAGGGAAGAAGGCUGAAGGAUGUGUUUUCUAAGCAUUGGAACCGGGACAAUAUUAGUGUUGUAUUGUUCAGUGGCAUGCUUUGGCUCAGCAGUGCUUGCUUGUGGCUGGGCACACUCUUCUGAUAUUUGAUGGCUGUUGUUGUGUGCUUAAUCUGACCCUCCCCCACACACCCUGCUGUAUCUCCCGGAGCUGUGCAUACAUUCCAACUGACGGAUGCUUCUUGAAACUGCAUAAAGCUGCCACAACUUUUGAAUGAUGUGAUAACUAAUUGUUUUACAAAACAUGUAUAAAUAAAUUCACCUGUUAAAUUGUCUUAUUUAAAGUGUUUUGAAUGUGAUGAAAUGGUUAUUUCAGGUCUCUCCGGCUGAAGUGAAUCAGCUCCUCCCUUCUGGCAUAGUUCCAAAGCCAACACUAGAGAAACCUGAAGGGUGACUGCACGUUCACCUACACCCUGGCUGAGUGGAAACCUGGAAUGAGAUGAAAUGGACUUGUCUAAUGUGCUUGACCUCCCACAGAGUGCCUGACACAGAUUUUACCUGAAGUAUAGAGGGGGUGUGACACUAUAAUACAUCCUGCCACGUCUUGGUAUAGGUUGAAGUUGCCCCUAGUUGUAAUAUUGGGUGAGGUUUGUAUCUACCCCACUAAUGGUUAGGAUUUGGGAGGGAAAGCUGAUCCUAGAUCUGUAUCUAGGGGAAACCUCAGAGCCCAGAUCUCUUAGGCCUUAGUUCUUUUAGUUGUGGUACUGUACAUAAACUAAUCUUUUUUUGUAUUUGUGAUAUGUACUUUCAGUGACAAUGAUAACACAACAGCUGUCUUUGUUUCUAGUGGAAAACUUGCUCAGGAAAAUGUGCUCAGAGGAUUUUUCAGACAGAUCAUGACAUAGCAGGGGGGGGGUGUAAUUAUCUUGGUUAAACAUUUAGUUGUGUUAUGUGCAGUGUCAUCUCAGGUUAUUUCUGUUGGGAGAAGUUGGGUACAUUGUGUUUGUGUGGGAGCAGUCAGUAUCGAUAUGAAAUGUGACUGUGAGAAUGCUAUAUGUCUUUCAGUACAUUAUUUGUUAAAGUGGAUUAGUCAAAUGCUACAGUAAUCCUCACAGUUUCCUUUUAUUUGUGUAACUGCAAAUACAUACUUUUUGAAUAGGCCAUGUUACUCAUGUCAAUAAGCAUCAGCAAAAAAAUACAUUCAAUUUAGGGUAUGGCCAUAGGAACUGACUUACGUCCUGGGCACACACUGGUUGAAUCAACGUUGUUUUCAAUGAAAUUACAUUGAACUGAGGUCUGUGCCGAAUAGGUCUACUUAAUUUUAGGACGUUUAAGUGUUUUCCACAGAUAAAGCUUGGAGCAAAAUGUCAAUUUGAAUUGGAAGGUUGCUGAUGUGAAAGUUACAGUAUGAAAAGAGCUUGAUGUCAGGAGCUUUGUAUUGUAUUGCCUUCUAGAAAGAACAGGUGUACUUGUUCUGAGAACGAUAUGUUUCUUAGAGCUUGGUGAUAGCGUGGUUGUCCUAUGGUUUGCAUACCUUCCCACAACUUUCUGGUUAUGGUGCAGAAUAGUUGCUUUGGAACAUUCUCAGCACAUUUAAGGAACUUGACAAAAAUCCGUUACAUUUUGGUAAUGAUCUCCAACUGGUUUGACAUUGGGAAUGUUCUCAAAUAGUUCAUAGAACGUUAAGAAACAGUUUCCUGUGGGAAUUUCAGUUCUUCAGCAUAACGUUUCCUACAGGUUUCGUAAUGAUUUUAUUGAAAAGAAACAGUUGAUGUCCGUGCCCGUGCGUAAAUCUAAUUAGCAUAAUAUAAACAUCUGUUUAUACUAGAGAUAUCAUUUUGCAUGGGCUGCGUAUUCCUCAGCUGUGGUGGAAGCUGGCAGAGCUACAUCCUGAAAAUAGGCCUUCUCACGAAAACGUCUGUAGUGUCCGAACCAUUUGGGGAUUGCUCUAUGACCCUCACAAGACUCCCUGCAACCUAAAAAAAAAAUAAUGUUCCCAGAACAGGCAAAGUUUUCACUUCCGUUCUCAGAACGUAACUUAUGGCUAUGUUCCCAGAACCAAUGGGAAAUCCAAAACUUAUGUUCCCACAACCACCAAGGAACCAAAUGUGCUAGCUGGGUAGAAGCCUAGAAACCAAAUAAACAUUAUCUGGGAAAAGGAGUGGCAGCAGAGAAACGAAACUUGGACAGACUGCUGAAAACAAAACUGAAGGGAAAGAAGAAACGUUGUGUGGCACAGAGCCACUGUGCUCAGCCCGAUCACGCCCACACACACAAUGCAGGCUGAGGGUGUUAGCUGCUUUCCUGUGGCUCUCAGAAUUGCAAUGACAGAUGAGGAGGAGGGGAGGGUUUUUUCAAGGUAUAAAAGGAGGUUACAGUGUUUGAUCUGUCCUUUUUAUCCUGCGGAGCCCUCCGCUUAAGGAUUUGGGACUGGUGACCCUCUGUCAGGUCACUAUGGAGUUCCCACUCUGUUUGCUUGCUGUGUAUUUUCUUUGAAGAGGAGGAGAGGAGGAGGAGGAGGAAAGGAGAUGAAAAGCCUGCUCCCAAGGGCAGGUCACUGGCUCCCUGGCCAUGUCCUGGUAGGGGGUGUUGGGAGUCUGUCCCCUAGCAGGUACUGACUCUCAGCAUGACCUCGCAGGACCCGGUCAGUCGGGCCUGGUGAGCAGAGCCAGGAGCUGCAGAUCAGCUGAUCCGCAGCGACCUUGACGCACCGACGAACCCAAGCACCAGACACCCGAAGACACCUGAGACGACUAGAUGAAGCUCAUCCGAAGCACAAAGCUUAUAUUACUUACCUGACUACUUAAACGAAAUGUACCCUAGAAUGCCGCCAGAUGAAGAACCAUUCUUUUCUUUUUUUGGUUGGCUUCUGGUUGUCUGCGUUGCUUGGUUUCGGCGGGUCAUGGGGGGCCUGCUGAAGAAAACGCAUUCCCAAAUACACUGCAAUGCUGAACGCAUAAUUUCCAUGAAAAUGUAAAAUUUUAAAUAAAAAUUGAAAAAAACAUUGCAACAUGAA